AUGGGUUUCACAAGGAGUGUUGGAUUUGGCAUCAAAGAUUUCCUCUCAGUUCCAGCCAGAAACUUUAUGAAGAGUCUAGCAAAACUCGUCACAGGCAUGACACAUGGAAUCACUAGUCUUCUUAGUAAUACAGCAAGACUCGGAGGAAUGGGAGAGUUCCUUCAUGGAGGUGCAGUUCUUGAUUGUUGCUUUCAUGAUGACACCUCUGUUUCAAGCUACAUUCCUUUUACAUCUCUCAGGCUUGUUUUUUACAACGAAAGGGAGGAUCUUUUGAGACGCCAUGAUGCCCCUGUUCGCUGUAUCGAGUACUCUUAUGCAACAGGGCAAGUGAUUACAGGGAGUUGGGACAAAACUUUGAAGUGUUGGGGCCCACGUGGUGGAGAUAUACAAGUUGAUGACGAGAACAUUGUUCCAAGACCUUCAGUGAGUUAUGAUGAUGUCCCUUAA